GCAAAUCGGGAAUUAUUCGUUCGGCGGCGGUUUACGACGGUUGGCGUCGUGUUCGGCGCCGGGUGAGUGUUGGUUAAAGUCGCCGACGUUGAGUCGUCGCAUGUCAGGAUGGGUCCCGUAUUUUGCUUUAUCUACGUCGCGCUGUUGUCCACAUACGCGAAUGCGGACGUGGACACGGACACGCGACGAACGAAAGAUAGCCUGGUCAAGGAGCUCAACGAGGAUAACUGGGAUCUCAUGCUCACGGGAGAGUGGAUGGUUGAGUUUUAUGCGCCAUGGUGUCCAGCUUGUAAAGCACUCGAACCAGUCUGGGAAGAUCUUGCAUUAUGGAAGAAGGAUUUAAAUAUCAAUGUUGGAAAGAUAGAUGUCACAGAUUCUCCAGGUCUCAGUGGCAGAUUUUUAGUUACAGCCUUGCCUACAAUAUAUCAUGUAAACAAUGGUAUAUUUAGACAGUAUAAGAGCCCGAGAGAUAAAGCCUCCUUGAUUGAAUUUGUAUCUAAAAAGACAUGGAUGAAGGUAGAGCCAAUAUCUAAUUGGAAAAGUCCAACCUCAUUCCACAUGUCAUUUUUAAGUCAAUUUUUCAAACUAUCUCAAGUACUACGUAACAUCCACAAUCAACUCUUGGAAGAUGUUGGAGUACCUGUGUGGGGUAGUUACUUGAUUUUUGCUAUUGCAACAGUCAUUUUGGGCACAAUAUUAGGAUUGUUUAUUGUGUGCUUGAUUGAUGUCCUGUUUCCACAAAAACCUGUACAACAACAAGGCAAGAAGAAACAGGCUGGUGCAACAGCUGGUACUAUUCAGGAGAAAAAUUCAGAGGAUGAUGAAAUUGCAGAAAACAUUGGAGAUGAUUUAAUAGACGAAGAGGAGUCUGAGGCAGAAGAACUUGAAGCAAAAGAAUCUGAAGGAAAGGAAUCUGAGGCGAAGGAAGUUGAAGCGAGUGAGAAAGAUAAAGAUACUAAAGCUGAUACCAGUAGUCCCAAUGUUCGCAAGCGUAAGCCACGCAAGGCUGACUAGAAGUAUUAAUUCAUUUAAUGUAAAUAUUCAACAAACGUGAAUUAAUUGCGACUAACCCUUGGUGGUAUACUCCUGAAGUCAUUCCUGUGCAUUAAAAUGCGCCAGUGCGAUAUAAUCAUCUCUUAUUUCAAAAUGUGGAAAAGUAAUGUGGAUUAUUCAAGGAUGGAUUGUUCAAGGAAAUGAUUCAAUGAAACUGUUGUGUCUGCCGUUUUUCUCGUAUAUGUUUAAAAAUUUCAGUGAAAGAAAAUUUCAGAUCAUUGUAAACAUUUUUUUUAAUCCACAAAUACAUUUUGAAAAUUUGAAAAUGGAUGCCUCAGGUAUUAUUCAGUGAAAUUUUAGGAUUUUGCAGGCGAAUGUUCUCAGGGCUUAAUCCUCUCGUUGAAGCAAUGAGAAAAUGUAAACAUGUUUGAAGAACCUUUCCAAAAUUAUGACAGAUACAUUUAAUAAAUUAACAAGUUGUUUAUUAGACGAUAGCUAAAGAUCUCUUUGAAAUAACUAAAAAAAUCUUUAAUUUUUUUUAUGAAGCACUUUUCUAUAUGUGUUUUCUAAAACGUUUGAGACUGCAAACAAGGCUUAUAAAUCGAAAUAUUUGUAUAACCUUUUUUUGACAGAAGAAUAAGUCUAAAAAAAUAUUUGAUAUUAUUUUUUAAAUAAUUUACAUUUCAUAUAGUGAUAAAAGAAAGUGAUAUUUGUAUGAUAACAUCACGUUUAAGUAUCUAAUCUUUAGCGAUCGGAAGAAACUAUAAUAGCAUUUAUUACACCUUCUUUAACAGCUUUCUACAAUAAGCUGUUAGUACUCGGUUAGUCAACACAUCAUACUAGUUAUAAGUUAGAAUUAUAAGUUAUAAAUCUUAGGAAACUUGCAUCCAGAAUAAGUCAUACUAGAUUGUUGCGUCAGUCUAUUCUGAUCAGUUCUCUCGAUAAAAAGAUAGCAAUCACAUAUUGCUUUUUGAUUGGCCAGUCAUAAUCUGUUUUAAAUUAUAAGAAAUGGAAUUUGGCCAUUCUCAUGCAGUUACUGAUUACUGACUUAUUGUCAUAUGACAUACUACUAACUCACUUAUAAUUUGUGCCUGAUGUAUUACAGUUUAUUGUAGAAAGUUACAAGAGUUACGAGACCAUUUAUAAAUCUAUUUAUUGAUUAUAGUUGAUAUAUAAAAAUAUUACUCUAUUUACAAUUUCUUUUUUUGAUCAUAUUUUUGAAUGAAAUGUUUUAAAUUAGCAAAGAAUUAAAUUAGCAAAAUGAAUUGAGAAUUACUUAAGAAUAACCAUUACUUUUAUAAAACUUAUAUAUGCACACAUUUUUCAAGAUUAAAUAUAUAUAGUAUUUCGUAAGUACAGCCAUUUAACAUAUAAUCACACAUUUAUUUAUAUAAAAAGCAAAAUCAUGUCUUCAUAAAAACUGAUAUUCUAAUUAAAGUAUUAAUGUAAUAUAUUAAUAAUUGAUGUUCAUUGUUAUCAAUAAUUAGGAACUAUGGUGAUUGCAUGUAUGUUUCUGGCAGCUUUUAUAUAAUCUUUUUGUGUGACUAUAUAAUUUGUAUACAUAUGUAUUUUAUUCAUGCUGAUUUUUCUAUGAAUUUAAUUUUUUUUCUCUCUCUCAUAACAAACUAUAAAAAUUUCUAUCAAUAAUCUGUGAAAUUAAUUUAACAAGGAAAGUGCUACAAUGAACACUACUCUCUUUUACAAUAAAACUAAAAUUGCAUUUUUAAAGGCCUAUUCAUGGUGUAAACCAUGGGCCUACUUAAACUCGCUACAUUCAAACUUAUAAUAUUUUUUGCUGAUAUUCAUGCAAUAUAAAAAAAGGAUCUUUAAUUAGAAAGGAUGUGAGCCUCAAAAAGUUUCUUUUACUUCAUUGCAAGCAUCUAUCUAUGCUACUAUACUUCCAAUAUCAAUAAGUAAAAUCUCUGUUCUUAAAAGAGUACAAUUAUUAAAUAUUGCUUACAUUUUCAUUCUUUGCAUAUAUAUUUGAACACGAUUCUUACUGAAUUUUUGUUUCUAUCACAUUGCAAUGUCUUCCGCAUAUUAUUUUCAAUGUCAGAUUAAAAUUUCCAUGAUAACAAUGACAUUUAUUUAUAUAAUAUAAAAUUUCAUUAUUUUUUUAUAUAAUAUAGAACUUUUACUAUUUUGCUGUUCUGUUCAAGUUGAUUUUUCUGCUUUAUUAAUACACGAUUUAUAUUUAGAAUUGUUCUUUUUUGAAUAAAUAGAAUGUUAUCAGUUAUUCUAAUAGCACAAGAAAGAACUUUCACUGGCGUGAAGCUAACAAAAUCUCUGUAAUAUUUACUGCCUGAUAAAAUUUUAAUAAACAAUUUAAAUUAA